AUGAAAAGAAAAGGUCGAAAAAGAGAUAUUUUGGAAAUGGCUCUCAAAACAUCGGAUAUACGAAACCAGAAAAAAUGUCGCAAGAGCCUUCUUUCUGAAUUUAAUAAGAAGUCUGCCAUCUUCACGAGCUCCGCGCCGCCCCCGUACGCUGCGUGUGCCAUCCUUACAAGCCCUGCUCAGAACCCUGCGCCUGCCAUUCUCAUAAGCUCUGCGCCGGAUGUUGCAACUGCCACCCUUACGAGCUCCGAGCCCAACGCUGCAUCUGCCAUCCUCACGAGUUCUACUAUAGAUGCUGCGUCUGCCAUCCUCACGACCUACACGAACGACGUUGCGUCUGCCGUCUUCACCAGCCCUGCUACAGAUGCUGCCUCUGCCACUCUCACGAGCUCCGCACCUGAUGCUGCGUCAGCCAUCCUCAAGAGCCCUGCUACAGAUGCUGCGUCCGCCGUCCUUACCAGCCUUGCUACAGAUGCUGCAUCUGCCACCCUCAUAGUCUCCACGCCCAACGCUGUGUCUGCCGUCCUCACGAGCCCUACUACAGAUGCUGCGUCUGCUAUUGUCACGAGCUUCGCAUCCAACGCUGCGUCCCCCGUCCUCACCAGCCCUGCUACAGAUGCUGCGUCUGCCAUCUUCACGAGAUCCGUGCCUACGCUGGACGCUACGUCUGCUGCAUGCUGGAACUCCACACCGCCAGUCACAGAAACAAAUUUCUCAGGUAUAUCGCUCCAAGAUGUCCCCAGCACAUCUUUUGCGACUGAACUCAACAAUAAUGUUUCACCUAUAAUGGAAUUGUCCAACGAAGUAUCAAGUAUUCCAAACUCCGCGCAAAACUUUGUUCAAUCUUAUGUUUCCCAACAACCGUUGGACGUUCUUCCAGGUACAUCUUUGGGAACCGACGCUAACAAUAAAUCGUCCUCAUUUAGAAUCACCCGUCCAGCAAAAAAACAUUCUUAUUUAGAUUAUAUGUCAGACGAUGAGAUAGCUUUGUUAAAUUCUUUUGGCGAUGCAGGAAGCUCAGAUGAGUGGGAGCCGGAAAAAAACGGAAAGAAAAGGAAGCAAAUGACUAUUAACGUCGAAGAAGAGUUUAUUGGUAAUAAUGCGACGAAAAAGGUUCCUAAAAAUAAGAGGAAGGAACAUUAA